GUCCCUGAAUAGGAAGGACGGUGGUCUUUGAGCCUUCUGUCGAGUCAUUUGUCUGUGAGCGGAUUACCCUGUUGGAAUUGUAAUUGAAGAUGGCUGAUCUCCAGACUAAAUUUGAUACUGCAGCAGCUGAGGUGAAGCAGUUGAAGGCGAAGCCGACAGAUAAAGAAAUGUUGCAGGUCUACUCCCUGUUCAAGCAGGCCUCUGUGGGUGACGUCGACACAGGUCGUCCAGGGAUGUUUGAUUUCACUGGGAAAGCUAAAUGGGAUGCCUGGGAGGAACAGAAAGGCAAGAGCAAAGAGGAUGCCAUGAACGAGUACAUCAACCUGGUGGAGCAGUUGAAGCAGAAGUAUGGAUUCUGAUGUCACAUGAUAGUCACAAACUGGCUAGGACAAUGCUGAAUGGCCUUAGAGCACUGGCUGAGAUGACCACCAGUCGUCCCUCAUCCCGUCGCUGAGAUAUGCCUUAAAAGCAGAGGAGCAUGUCCUUGCACAACACAUGUGAAUGCCUGGUGGACUGCUAGUGGUCCCGAUGAGAUUAAGCUGCCUUGAAUGACCACUGAUGUACCAUCAGAAUUUUUUUCUCCACCAAAGUACCAUCAUGUUUUAGUUUUGUGAGUCCUGUCAUUUCAACAUAAAAUAAUUAUUCUCUAA